AUGGGUGACUACAUACAGCGCCUCACGCGACUCAAAACAGAGCUGGAAUCCUUUCAGCGCGGGGUCGAGGAUCGUCUCAAUGCAGAAGAGGAGCUGGACCAAAUCCAGAAAGAAUACACUCAAAUCCUUUGUCGCAUCGUUGCUGUCGUCGACGAAGCUGAAGCUUCCAACGCUGACAAUCUCGAACAGGUGGUAAUGACCACCGAUGACAUCUUGGAGUUUGCAGUCGGCUUCGCGUACGAAGACUUUGAAGCCUUGGCGGGCGAUAUGCUUUUUGAGGAAAUGGCCUCGUUUGCUCACAGCGAACAAAGACCUGUUUUGGGAGAAGAGGGCUUCAAUGCACGAAACGUGCUCGGUCAAGGCAAACUCGACCUAAUGCUUCAAUUCAUGGUACAGAUGGGUUUGGUACCAUCUCAACGAGAAAUAAAGCUACCACCCGGUUUCGAACCUCCCAAAUCAUGGAAAGCCACCCCACGGCCGCAUACGCUCUCUACUCCCUGCGCUAGGUUCUCUGACAACCUGGGACCAAUCGAUUUCCCGCUUGACAAGACACGCGCUCUUUGCGUCCUGCAAGCUCGCUGCGAAGUUACAAACGACGAAACACCCGAGUCAGGGUCUUCCACCAUGGCCUCCGACGGAAAGGGCUUCGUCGUUCGCAUGGCGGGAGGAUGGAAGAACCGCGAUCCAUUGGUCUACUUCCGGUCCUUCGACGACGCGUUCCAGCAGGCCGAUGGAAUGAUCGAACCCGGUCUAUGCAGCCUCGUUGAUGACGUCGCUUUCAAUCACGAAAGAUUCAUUGUAGCAGCCGCAGACGACGAUAGAAUCAAGACCUACACUCGCUCCCAAACAGGGACGUCGGGAAACGUCAAGAUGCUCCCUCUCCACACAAUCAACACGCGAGAAUUUACUGGCCCUCUCGCCUUUUUCUCCAACAACCGACUCGUUCGUUGCGGUAAAGGGAAACUAGGUGUCUGGAAUCUCGAUGAACUCGCCACGCACGGCCCUUCCGGGAAGAAAAUCAUUGGUAAACAGAUGGAUCCUGAGGACAUCGAUACAUGGCGAGACUUUUACGACGACGAAAUAGAGCUCUCCACCGGAACGUCCAAACCAUCCACGACUCUACCACUCUCAGUUGACUACUCAAUCAGCGAAUGGCACCCAUAUCCCUCCAGGGACGGCGUCAUGCUCUGCGCGUCCGACUCUCGCGCUAGUGACGAACGAAAAUUCCGCUGUCAUGCUCUGGACAUUGAGCACGGCGGACAAAUCGUCACUCGAUACCUCGGAAUCGGAGGAGAAGCACAUUCAUUCUCGACGAGCAAGGGCGAUCCUGACCUUUUCUCCGUUUGCGCUUCGGACGGGUACACGCGCCUCUUUGAUCCCAGGCACCCGCUACCCGUUAUGACCAUCAAAUCAUCCGUCGAAUCCAGUUCUUGCGCUGCCCUGUGUCAUCCUGACGGAGUUCCCCUUCUGUUCGUUGGUGGAGGUAAAGAAGAAUGCAUCAAACUCUGGGAUCUACGCUCCAGAACCCCAGUCUACGAACUCGCAACAGGGAACAAUGCAGUUAUGGGUCUCGCUUGGGACGACCAGCACGACCAACUUUUCGCCAUCACUUCCUGCUCUUACAUGGACAGGAUGGGCGAGCGAUAUGGCUACCGACGAGCGAAAAUUCCCAAAGGGUUCCGCGAGACUGGGAAUACCACUCUUGCUUCGGUUGAAGACGAAGACAUGGAGGACGAUGACGAUGACCUAGAGGACGACAAUUCGGAUGACGACUUUUACGACUAUGAUGAGUAUCGAUGGCCAAAGGAUGCUCACCACUCAGAGGAUUACUUUGGACACAUCUUCGAUUUGGGAAGUCAUAACAUCCUCCGCUAUCAGUUCAAGCACGAUGCCGACAAGAGCAUUGUUCCUCAAUGGAACAUCUAGUCCCCUUGUGCAUUUCCUCACCCUUACCCUGUACAUAUGUAACACAACGUACAUCCACCUCAAGUCCA